GUGUGUGGCAGAUCUCCAGGCGAGUUGCUUGUUGGUCAUCACUCCUACAAGCUCGUGAAACGCCUGCGCGGUAGCACUCCUGAAGCUCUGACUCCAGUUUUCUAGCUAUUGACGCUUUGGUAGCUUCAACAGCUUCCUCAGCUUCGCUACCCGACGCCCUGAUUUAGUACGCGUGGAAGUGCCUUGCCAAGGCAGUGCUUGGUCGCAAACCCUGUGUUUCGUCUGGCAAGCCAGGGAUUUCUGUUGCCUUUCGCUGAUCACUCGUCGACGUUUGUCAGGCGUUCCCACACCGUAUCGAUAUCAUGGCGGGUCUAUCAGAACUAGAGGAGCCUAUACUCAAGCCGAAUAGCCAGCGGUUCUGCAUGUUUCCGAUCAAAUACGAUGACGUCUGGGAAUUCUACAAGAAGGCCGAAGCUAGCUUCUGGACUGCUGAGGAAGUCGAUCUUUCACAAGACCUGCAGCAUUUCGAGUCUUUAAGGGACGACGAGCGGUUCUUCAUUCUGCAGGUGCUCGCCUUCUUCGCAGCUUCCGACGGCAUCGUCCUCGAGAACCUCGCUGUGCGAUUCAUGAAGGAGAUUCAGAUUCCUGAAGCAAGGGCGUUUUACGGCUUCCAGAUAGCCAUCGAAAAUAUCCAUUCAGAGAUGUACAGCUUACUACUGGAAACGUAUAUCAAGGACCCUGCGGAAAAGGACCGUCUGUUCAGAGCAGUUGAGACUGUUCCAUGCGUAAAGAAGAAGGCUGAUUGGACCAUGCGGUACAUUGAAGGCUCUCAGAGUUGCACAACGUUUGCCGAGCGUCUGGUGGCCUUUGCAUGUGUGGAGGGAAUCUUCUUCUCGGGAAGCUUUUGCGCUAUCUUCUGGCUCAAGAAGCGUGGGCUCAUGCCAGGGCUCACUUUCUCUAACGAGCUCAUUUCGCGUGAUGAGGGUCUCCACACGGACUUUGGCUGCCUGCUCUACUCCCUGCUUCACAACAAGCUAAGUGAGGAGCGUGUGAAGGAGAUCCUUUGUGAAUCGGUAGAGAUUGAGGAAGAGUUCAUCCGCGAUUCUCUGCCGGUGGACCUAGUGGGCAUGAAUUCAGGGCUUAUGUGCCAGUACAUUGAGUUUGUCGCUGACCGACUACUGGUGGCGCUAGGGUGCAAGAAACAUUACAAUGUGCAGAACCCGUUUGACUGGAUGGAACUCAUCUCGCUACAAGGUAAAACCAACUUUUUUGAAAAGCGCGUGGGUGAGUACCAGAAGGCCUCCGUGAUGGCAAACCUGAAUGGCAAUGGGGCAACGCAGCGAGUUUUCAGCACUGAAGAAGAUUUUUAGUAGGAUCAGAUCAGACAAGUGCUUGUAUCCUCCAUUCUGAUACGGAAAUUGACUACAUCAAGGGGAACUGCGUAUCUGCUAUGUUCCUUGGCACGGUUGUUACAUGAAAUCAGCAUUUCUUUCUCCUUGGAUCCUAAGUGUCAAAUGCUUAGGUCGUUACUGUAGACUAUACUGGAUUAUGCCUUAGAGGGUACAGCACCCUAGUCUAUAUACCCUUGUACUCGCACAUUCUUCU